AUGGUUCUCGCCCACCUGAGAGCGUCGAACGUGUACGAUGUGGGGGACAUGAAUGAAGCGAACACCAUCGACUUUAGACACAUGGUGGGGGUAGAGUAUCACACUCAGCGAGAGGUGGUUCGCCAACCGCCGUCUCUCACAGACACCAACGCCAAUGAUGUGGCGAUGGUGAGCAUGGGACUGUACCGUUUCUCCAAUGCGACGAGUCCAGUUGUCAUCUUUGUCAGCUCCGAGGAGCGGUGCAGCAUGCCGGCGCGGUUCUUCUGCACCCGCUUUGUGCACUACUUUCGGUGGAUAGGCGAAAGUGUGCAGCUGUUUGUGGCCUCCAAGAGCUUCCAAGAUCACCGUCCGACACCGUACGCGACGCAACGGGAUACAUGGCUACAAGAGAACCGGCGGUGUGUGUCGGCUGCCUUGGACUACUUCGACGCGAAUCCGAAGCUGGGCUUUGUUGCCACUCCCGUUGCAGUUAUAUUUACUGACUGCGACUGCGCGGAUGCCCGUGCGGCACUGGUGAAUUUGCUCCCCCCUGAUCGCUCUUUUUUAAUUCGGCACGUGCGGUUUGCGGAGGAGUGGGAGAGCCACAGACACAACUCCUAUCGCUUUAUCGACGUUAGCCUCCAGCGACAGGCACUCCGCGCGUCGCGGAGCAGCGGCAGCGUUGUCUGCUCCAGACUUACCAGUUUUCUCAACAGCAUGCUUCCCACGUUGUAUCAGCUCUACUCUGCGGAGCCGCUGGAGGGCGCGCCAGACGAGACGCUCAAGUCGUUCCCGCCAAUCUUCUUCACCCGCCACGGGCAGUCCGAGUACAACGUCGAGGACCGACUCGGCGGAGACCCGGACUUAACGGAGACCGGCCGCAUCGACGCAGAAGACAUUGCCCACUUUUUUGAGCGUCAAGUUAAGACGAAUGUAAACUUGUUCGACCAUCGCCCCACCGUGUGGGAGGAGGACGGCAACUUUGAGGUAUGGUGCAGCCAGCUGCGACGCACCCAGCGCACCGCGCAACCGACCGCCGACAUACUGUGCCACGGUGUUCUCAAACCGUUCAAGUCGCUCAACGAGAUUCAUGCCGGCAUCUGCGAGGACAUGACCAACGACGAGGUGAAGUCGCUCUACCCCUUCAUCCAGCGUUUUCGGCACACUGACAAGGUCGGGUUCCGCUACCCAGACGGCGAAUCGUAUGUCGACCUCGUCCGCCGACUAACACCGCUGUUGAACGAUUUGAACAAUUGCAUGAAGUGCGUGGUGGUUGUCGCGCACCAAGCCGUGCUCCGUACUAUGCUGUCUUUUUUCGGCGGGCGGCCAGUAGAAGAGGCCGUCCAUGUUCCGUGCCCACAGCGCACCAUCUGGGCAUGCACAAUGAACCGCCUUGGAGAACCGCAGCUGGCUGAGAUAGCCUUGUCGCCUCGCCAGGGCCAAGACGAGGGAUCCACGGUCCACUGGCAGGGUUGGUAG